UUUCCAUUUCAAGAGUAACCAUAUUGCAGAUUCAUUCGAGUAAUGGCAGAAAGGUCUCCGACAUCUCGUCCCAAGGACUCCUCCAUGGACCAUCCUACUUCAUCCGCGAAGUGUGCGGUUUUUAAUUUCACCAAGAAGUGGAUACACUUCACAUCCAGAGACAAGAGUAUCAUCGUCAUGGUGAGCGAGAACAAGAAUGACGGAGGGCACCCCUUGAAGAUCAAAGGGAACAAGGAAGAAUACCCGGGCAUCAAGGCUGCGAAACCCCACAAGAAUCCGAGUAACAUCGAGGUAGGUCUGAUCGCCAACUACUCGCAGCCGGAAAAGGAGCAGAACAUUUUUUUCCAUGAAAUUUCGAGAAGCGCCGCGGGCCAGAUCGGGCCCGAGGGCCAUAGGUCGAGCACCCUUGUUGUAGAUGGACCCUCAAGCCUCAAGGGGGCGUCUUUCGCAGUGGAAGGGGGCGGGGGAGGCUCCUCCCACUUCAGCUUUCAUGGUCCUGACCAGGCAGAUCCCUCUUGA